GAGAGCAGCCAACAGCAGCGUCGAACUCAGCCGCCGCCGCAGCCGCCGCCAUUAUGACCGGUCCUCCGCCGGUCGCGCAGCACCAGUGCUAGUCGGGGGUGCCUCGCCAGCUGACCCUUUCUGCCGACCAUGUAGCGGCCGCGGCGAGCCUGCACCUCCACGCGUGUGUCAGUUUCCCCCGGUGUCACCGGUGUUCCAACGUGGGACGUCCCGUCCUCGUCCCGUCACGUGACAUCCACGAAGCGGCGUGCUCGUUGCCUCGCUGUCGUCUUAGAACGCCCGGUAGAGACGGUGAAGGCCCUCGACUCGGAUUUCGGCAGGAGCAAGCGCUGCCUGCGGAAUCGCGCUGCUCGUCGUUGCCGCGUUCAACAGGUGUGGGUCGUCGGUGUGCGUGGCGUCGAGCGAGCUUGGCCAGGCGCGAGCAAUGUGCGUUCCUCCGUCGCCCACGUCGAGACCAGACUCCCGUCGUUCCCAGUAACUCGAAGUGCGUCUCUCACGACAUUCAUCACUUUAUCAUCGCUGUGGAAUCGGUCUCAAGAAGUCGUCCGAUCGAGUCAUCGGAUUGUCAGUCCUCCGCGGACGCCUACCACAACAUUCAUCGCUGCGGAAACAGUCAAGAAUUCGGUGGUCAAGUCAUCGGCUUGUCUGUCCAUCCCCCCCCCACGGAAUACGAGCCGUCCUCUUCUCCGCGAACUACGUUCUCUUCGACAAGUGCAAUAACCGUGCAGUUGGUUGACCGACGUCGGGGGUGCGUUUUUUGUUUGUUGUUGUUUCGUUCGUUUCAACACGGCGUGGUCGAGCUUCCGAUGAAGGAGUGGCGUGCCUCGGGGGCGCGGGUGCAGCAGCAGCCCUGCCGGCUCCGUGCCUGCCUCUCUGAGGCGUGACAGGUUGGGGGCAGGGGCUGCGUGCAGCGGCGGUCGCCUCGGAUUUGCUCCGGACCCCGAUGCUCGAGUCAUGAAUGUCAUCAACCGGCUCCUGGGAGCCGCCGGCAAGCAAAAGAGCGGCGACUCCCCGUCGUCUAGUCCCUCGACGAAGGAGACCCUCUGGCAGAAGGCGUCCUCCCUGCGGCAGUCCCUGCGGGGCCGCACGAGACACGACUCGUCCUCUACGACCCCGACGGCGUCCUCGUGCCGGCUGGGCCGUCCGGCGUCCCUCUAUCUGGUCGAGUCGUCGUCCUCCGCGUCCCGCACCGCCAAGUCCAGGCAGUCCCUGCGCCGGGAAUGGGGCUCCCAGCGAGACCUGUCCAGGGACAAGAGGCACGGGACGGCCCCGGCGGACGCCGCCUGCGUCCCGGCGCCCCAGGACGCGGACAAGGCGUGGUCUUCGACCUGGACCAUCCCGGACGCGCCUCCGCCGCCGAAGCAGCGGUCGCCCCGCAAGCUCACCAAGGACUCUGGAUACGAGACGAGCGGAGGGAACCACGGGGAGCCGGACUACGUCAACAGGGAGUGGGUGGCGGCGGCGCCCGGUCCCGUGGGCUCCGUGGCCGCCGGCUCGGUGUCCGCGUCUCCCGGAUGUGCGUCUAGUUCCUUACCAGCCGCUGGGGCGGGACAGUGCCCGGGAUCUGGAAACGCAACGUCCCGGACGAGUGGCCAGGGACUUCCCGGCAGCGCCCGGGACCCGAACAGCCGCGACGGCGGCCCCCAAGACCUCAGCCGGACCUCGUUGUCUCCGGGCGACUCCCCUCGACCCGCCCCGACGCCCCCGGCCGAAGACCCCGACAUGGUGACGCGGCGCUUCAAGAAGGGCUCCGUCUACGAAGCCCUGGCCAGCCAGAGCGGCUUCGACUUCUCUCCCGUGGUCCCGCAGACCAGGCCCGCUGGCUGGACCCAACCGGACGCCUCCAAGGAUACCUCCUGGAGGACCCCUCCGUCGACGCCUCCCAAAGAGAACAGUCCGCGGACGCCCUCCCACGAGAAGUACCCGUCGUGGCCCGUGACGCCGUCCCCGGCCAUGUCGACAACGUGCCGCUCGCGGUCCUGGACGCAGGAAACGGACUACCCAAAGGAGAAGGCUGCGUCCUACGUCAGGCCCAAGAAGAGCUUCAAAAUCUCCACACAGCAGCUACAGCCAGUUCUGGAACGCGCCUGCGAACCCGGCAGCAAAAAGACAAUCCAAGAAGACCGCGUACCACGACCUGGCGACAGUUCCCAAGGUGACGCGCCGACCGACUGCAGCGCGGACGCGUACCUGAGCAAAUACGACGAGUUCCUGCGACAGUACCAGCGCUGGAGCGAAGCGCCCUUCCUCCAGCGGUUGUACCAGGAGGGCGAGCGGGAGGGCUGGCCGCCGGAGGCCACUCCAAGCGAAUCGGCCUGUGACUCGCUCGGGUCCAGUGGCGGCUCCAGCCAAGACACGCUCAAGUGGCACGGAUCGUACAGCGACCUGAGCGCUUUCUCGACCUCCAACGGCUCGUCGCUUUUUGACAGUGGUCACUCGACGCUGCCGGACAGCGGCCGCCUGUCGCCGCAGUCGUCCUGCGACGGCAGCCUUGCCGACGGCAGUCAGCGCCUCGUCUCUCCCAGUCAAGCCGCUGUGGCCCGGAGCGCCCGGGUGCUCCCUCCCAAAAGGCACGAGUCCGAAAGCGUCCUCUACUACGCUCCUGGACAAGUACACGCCAGGAAGACGACCUCACAGAUCGGCGAGACGUCGUCCCGGGUGGCGAGGCUCAAGGCCGCCUUCGAUCCGGUCUGCGAGUCGAGAACCAGUUCCACGCAGAGUCUUUCCCAUCGGCCGGACGCCGCCUCGCCCAGGGUCCUCUUCUUGGACCCCGAGAAGAAGCAUCGAGUCUCGGAUCCCGAACUGAAGGCCAUUCAAAAACAAGCCGUACUUUCCUUCUACAAGCGCCAGACGUCGCAGGACUCCAAGAACAGGUCCCUCCCGCGGAGCGUGACGGUGCCCAAGUGGUCCGUCGCUGCUUCCGAGACGUCGCCCAAGCCGAAGUCGACGGUUGCGACGCCAGGAACGACUAAACCCCUAGAAACUACGGGUCUGAGCAGAGACCCCGAUAGUCCCUGGAGGGGUCCUAGAUCCUGGUCGGUCCCUGACCUUGCGCAACCACUCAGUGUGGCCGCCAAGACUCCCUGGUGCCCUCAGGCACCCUCCAAGACGCCCUCUGAUCCGCCUUCGCGGAGGUCUUGCGAUGGUGUUCUUGUCAGCCGUACGCCCUCGAUGAACGGUGGUAGUGUCUGUGAACUGCCUCCUGCCAGAAAGCUUUCGGUGGCUGUUCAGAGGGAGUCAUCCAUUGGGGCAUCAGAUACGACCUCGGCGAAAGCCAGGGCGCAGGAGCAUUCCCAGCCGGCCUCCCUUCCAGUCAUCCCAUCUGCUUCCAAGGAGGCCAGCCACGGGCUUGACCCCGGUGUCCGGCGCGAGGAAAGCGCAACUCCGCGAGGUUCGCCUCCCGGACAGGAGCACACCGGCCUUGCAGCUCCUGACCUCGGAAGGCGUCACCCUCGCCGUAGCCCCCUGCCCCGAACGCGGCUCCGACAGGAGCCAGGACAGGACGCACAGCAGUCCGCAGGACAGAGUCCAGGAAAAGUCUCAAGACAAGCCACAGGACAGGCCACAAGACAGGAGUCCGGUCCAAGCUCAGGACAGGACCGAAGGCACGGUCCAGGAUCGGAUUCAGGGAAGGUUCCCGGACGGAGUUCCGCAAGACAAACUCGAAGAGAGAGUUGAAGACAGGGUCUUAGACAUGGUGCAGAACAACAGGCUGCUAGACAAGAGGAUCCAGGACAAGCUUCUGUCCAGGAUUUCCGAAAAGUUCCUCGAGUCCCGGAUUCCGGACGGCCAGGACCGGGCAGCCGGCAGGUGCGGGAGUUCGCCGACGCUAGUCCCUCCCGCCGUGCCUCCCAGGAGGAGUCCGUCGUCCGAGCCGAAGCCCCCGCCGCGGCCGCCGCCCAUGAAGUGCGGGCCGCAGACCGCGACGUCUGAAGAGAAUGGCCUCGAGAACGACGACCCCGAGCUGCAGAGGAUCGCAGAGCGGGUCGGAGUUGCCCUCAGGUGGCCAAGCGACCAGGAGAGGCAGCAGCAGCAGCAACGGUCCUUAACAUCGUCGAUACCCGAAACGGCGUCGGACCUGCCCGUCGGACCCCCAGUCGCUCCGGGGCUCAGGGUUCCCACGGCGACAACGGCGACCUCGUCUCCGUCGGCGUGUUCUAGCCCCGAGCUUCCGCUGCCGCCUCCGCCGCCGGUCCACGGCCUCGGGGACUGCCGGGUGUCUCCUACGGACGAUGACAGGCCCCUACCGCCGCCGCCAGAGGAACUCGUCGUCGUGCAGCAGCUAGGAUCGGACGUCGACGUCGAGGCGAUCGGCCAGAAGGUGUACCCCAAGAACUCGUACAUGUGGUACCGGAGCGAGCGCAAGCCCGGGCGGCAGGGGUUCCAGGGCAACUACCGGCGCAGCUACCACGGCGGCUGCGGGGACUCCGGCCCGGAGUCGUGUCCGGGCUCCGACCAGGGCUCCGAGGCCACGUCGGAGGAGGCCAGCUCCGAGUCCCCCUCGUCGUCGUGUCCCUCGUCUCCGCUGGCGUACCCGCCGCCCUCCUGGCCUCCCGCCUCGUCGGUCUCCAACGCCGCCGCUAGUCAGACCUCCUUCCACGGGCCGCGGUCCCCCGUCACCCUGCUGCCCGUACCGGUGACGAGCUGCGAGUCGGACGCUCUAAACAACAACAACUCGAGCACGGUCAACCACAACAACAACACGCUCCUCACAACCGGCAGCGUCGUCCCCAGCAGCCCCGCCGCAAGUCUGACGGCGGGCAGCGGAGACCAGUCUUCGUCGUCAACGUCGUGCAACGGGUGCUGCGAGUCGUCGGCGACGUCGUCUCCGGCGGCGUCUCGGUCGACCAACACCGCGGCGACGCAGACGAGCCCCGACGAGGCCGCCGCGUCCCCGCUGCUGGGCCAGCAGCGGCGUAAGAGCAUCGCCAAGAGUCGAGAGGAGCUCGAGUGCGAGAGGCUCUCGCACGACUUCGCGUCCAGGUUCGGCGGCGAUGCCACGCUGCGCUCGCUCCUCGUGCCCUCCCCGAACCAGAAGACGACGUCGGACUACUUGGAAGGACUGCUGGACCUGGAUGCCUGCGGCCAGAACGGCCACCUGGAGCUGGUGGCCGGUUCGCCGCCGACGCCGCCCGCUCCGUCGCUCGCCCCCGCAUAUCAGCAUGCCCCGACGGGUAGCAUCACACUCAGAGACGAGAACCUGCCCCCAAACAGUGCGUACUUCACGACGUCCGAGCCCAAGGCCAGGUUCCUGACCAGGUUCGGACCGGACAUCGGAAAGCAGGAGUGGGCCUCCGACUGCGAACUCGCCGCCCGGAAGGAGGAGCUGAUGGCGAGCAUCGCCCGGAAGCUGGACGUGCUCCGUGUGGAACGCGUCUCGCUCCGAGAUGAGGCCUCGCAGAAUGAGCAACUGGGACAGGCGCUGUCCGUGCGCGUGGACCUGCUGGCAAGGCCGGCCGAGCGGGAUAAGUUUAGGCUCCACGUGGACGAACUGGACAAGAUCGUCAACCUGCUCCUCUCACUGUCUGGACGGCUGGCCCGUGUCCACAACGCGCUGACGGGACUGCCUGCGGAUGAGGCCUCGCAAGAACGGCGUGCCCUGGAAGCCAAGCGGGACAAGCUGACAAGUCAGCACGAAGAGGCGCGGCGGCUCAAGGAAAGCAUCGACAAGCGCAGCCGCCAAGUGGCCUUGUUCUUGCGGAGGUAUCUGAGUCCUCAGGAGUAUGCAGACUAUGGCCAUUUUGUGCGCAUGAAGUCCAAGCUGCUUGUGGAUGCCCGUGAGAUUGAUGACAAGAUACGGCUCGGCGAGGAACAGCUGACCGCUCUUCGAACUGGAGGCCAAAGCAGCACUGUUACUCCGUGGAAGCCCAUGGCCUCCUAGGGGUUCCUGUUGGGGUCACGGUGCUGACCUAUGACCUGCACAUGUUGUGUUGAGCACUCCAAUCAUACAAAUCUAGCAGUGACUCUCAGAAAGUGUCAGGCUGGAAGACAUACUCUGAAGACGUCUACAAGAAACAUAGUUGAAGGCAUCUGGUGAAGACAUCUGCUGAAAGCAUCUUCUUAAUACUUCCACUGAAUCUGCGGGCUGAAUGUAUCUACUGAGGACAUCAGAUGACAGUGCCUGCUGGGCACAUCCACUGAGAAUGCCUCCUGAAGCUGUCUUCUUGAGACAUCUGUUGACAUCAGUCUUUGAGGCGCCUCGAUCAUGACUGCAGAUGUCUGCUGAAGUCGUCCAUUUUAAGAUGGCUUGAGGAGGGGUCCAUGAUAGUAGCCUUUUCCUGAUGUCAUCCUUAAGAUAUGUCUACAGGAACUUUGUGGCGAAGACGUGCAAACAUAGUUCCCGUGGAAGUUGCCCGAACACAUCAACCCUCUUUGAGCUGCGUUGAUUGAACAAGAGCAAACUCUUGACUGCCCAUCUAGUGCCAUAUCAAGUUAACCUCCCCCCUUUCCCCCGCAGUGCGGUGCGUUGCGUGCAGUUGUGUUCCUUCCCGACAUUGCUCGCCAAUUUGUGCUGCUGCAGUGUGGUUCUCGAAGGACUCAGCAAUAAUGAAGGCACUGUCACUUGUUCAGCAUUAUACGCAUUUUGUGUUUGGCAGCUGAUGACUUUCCACCUUGGGAAGAAUGGUCAACUGAGGAAUUUUUAUUGCCGAUGUUCGUGCUUGGUCGCGAAGCGUUCGUUUAUCUUGUCAUGUGGACCGAAUCAUUUCUGGUAGGUAUCCUUCAGUUAUUUUUACUUUGAGGACCAUGACUGGUCGCCCGGGGCCAAGUAAAAGAAGAAUGCAGAAACAGACUGUUCAUCAAAUUGAUUGGAGGUGUGCUCAUUGUCCAUCAAAGAGAGCUUUCUCGGAAAUAUUGAUGUUUACAUUUGUUCAUUAUCUUUUAAAAUUAUAGCUUUCUUCAUUUUUGAUGGCUCGGAUUGCAGUGCUGUAUUUGAAAACAUAUUGUCAGUUUUUUUUUUUUAUUAACUUGGGCUCGCUUUAAUAAGCAUUUAAUGCUAUCCCAACAAAUAAAUCCACACCCAGAGAGACAGAUAAAAUGUUUAUCCAAAUAAAAACUGCAAUGCAUCCAGAUAACCAAUAAACUUUAAGCCUGUGUACACAAAAAGAAUACAUUUUUUGGACCAUGGCGGGGAACUAUUCACACAGCUACAGGUGAUAAUAUGUUCAAAUGUGACACGAAACCAACUCUGAUAUCUGAGCAGAUUUACUUUUAGAUCUACAUCCAAUCAGAGGGCGAGUUGUUAACACGGUUGUUGAUUUCGAAGUGAAUGCUGUGUCCAUUCCGUGACUUUCCCCUGGGUACAGAAGAAGAAAAGAACUCUGAACAAUCUUUCUCGCUACCGGGUUGAUUCAGUGGUCUGUACGUCACUCCUGAAUUAUCCUUUUUUUAUUCUGUUGCGCUAGGGGAAGAUUCGUGCAAAUAAGUCGAGCUUUUGUCGCCAUGUUUGAUAUCUCACACAGCUGUGAACAGAUGUGAAGUUAAAGGCUGCAUCCGGUUAUUCCACUCUCGCGACCGAGAAACGACGCUGAAAGCACUCUCUAACAAUGAGCACUUGCUAACGAUAAACUGUUACAUUACGGCCUCGAAAAAAUUAUGUGAACUCACGCCAAGACAGUUGUGUGUCCGAAGCAAAUGGCCUCGUGUACCUUUUGUUCAGAAAGUACUUAGAUUUCAUAAAUACACACUGGCCAUUUUCCACCACUCGGUUGUAUACAUGUGGGAAAUUUUGACUCUGAGCUUGCAUGUAUAAACCAUUCUUAAUUUAACUAUCUGAGGGAUGAGCAGAUUGGACAUACUCAUCGUAACUGCUGGGUAACAGGACUGGAAUGACCAAACUCGGCCACUAUUUAUUUCUUCAGUUUCGUCACUUUGGCGGCAAGUAUGUUUUGUUUUGUUUAUAUCUGUUUGUAGGUCACUAUUUAAAAUGAAAAAAGGAGCGAACACAUCUUUCAUCGCGUUUUACGUUGAAGUGUGAUAUAAGAAGUCGUUUUCAAAGUCGUGUAACUGUUGGGAGUUUUCCUUUUUUUUUGCGGGACAGUGUUUUCCGGAGGAGCAGCUGAAGUGCAUGAAGACGACACUGCUGCCCUUUGGAGUCGAGGUGGUCGUAACGUCUCUUGGCGCACGUACGCAAAACAACUUGGCGUUUCUUCGGCCCCCUCACUCCUAUAGAAACCUAUAGAUGCCGUCGGUCUCCCAAAAUGUGAAUCUCCCCCCACCCCUCCCUGCUGCGGUCGCCAACAGUAUUUUUGUAGAACACCUGUCGUAAUAAAGUGGCCGAAGCGGGACCCAAACGUAGUGGUGGAAGCCAGCGACUUGGACAUUUUGUACAAAAAAAAGAGUGGCGCGGUGCGUGGAAGGUGCGUGUACUUGUGUGUGUUCUCCGCGCCCACUGCCGGUUCGGUCGUGCGAUGGCCGCGGCAGCUGAGGCGGCGGUGAAGGCGCGGCUUCGUGUAAUGUGCCCCCCGAAGGUACCUACCUGUACAUAGGACAGAAACGGCCACGGUGCGGCAAUCUGUGAUUUUCAAUAAAAAGAAAUGUUUGGGGUGUG